CCUUAUUUCCCUGCCCUAUUCCUGGUUCCCAGUUUUCACUUCCCACCCGAAAUUUUUUGCUCUUCUAUUUUCAGAACCGAUCGUCGUUUUAUACUUGAAGAAGUCGCAAGUGCUAAAACAGCGCUCAACAAUGGCGACGUCAACCACCAUAAACAACGGAGAAAAGGUUUUGCUGCUAGACGCUCCGCCAUCUUCGCGGCCUUCUUGGUCCAGUAGUGCUGCGCAAAUCGACGCAUUGCCCUACAUCGAUGACGAAUACGGCGACCCCAAAGUGAAAGCCGAAGUUGACCGUUUAAUCGAAGAAGAGAUGCGUUGUAGCUCUAAGAAACCUUCGGAUUACCUUAAAGACCUCCCUCCUGUUGCCAAGUUUAAUUUUGAGAAUUAUCCAAUGCUUGCAAGGGAGUAUGAAAGGGUGAGAUCUGGUAAACCAAUGGUGCCUCUUGAUAUGUCAAGAUAUGGACUUGAGACUCCAUCACUUAACAAAAGGAAUGAUGAAACUGCUUGGAAACAAGCACUACAGAAAUCUCAACGUUUGCUUCAGCAUCAAGUUAUUAGGCUGGAAAAUCUGGAUUUAAUGUCAAAAUAUGGAGCUGAUGUAUGGAAACAACACAAUCAGAGACUAGAAGCAUUUUUAUCAAGAAUGCAAGCACAAGCAGCUGAGUUAAACGAAAAGAUAGAAACCGUUAAUCGAGAAAGAAAAUAUCAUCAGCAAAAUACAGCAUAUGAGCUUAAUGCAUUGUCAGCACAAUGGAAGGAGCUCUGUUAUAAAAACAUAGCAAUUGAAGCUGCAUGUGUCAAGAUUGAAGCCAACCUUGAAGAAUUAAAAGCAGAAGCUGCAGAAAAAGGCUGGAAUCUUGAUGUUAAUAUGGAAAAUGGCUCUUCGUUGCCUUGAGAUUGGUAAAAGUCUUUGUGGCCAUGAAGUUUCGUCUGCAGUGACUACAGGACAAGAGACAUAAUGUCAUAUUUACAGCGGAAGAUUAGUCGGUGUGUGGAAGCUGGUCCGGAACCCAUUUAAGGAAGUUCCCUUUCAAAAUAAAAAUGGUAAAAUUGUGAAUUAGAAAUGUACUUUUUAUAAAGUAUAUCUAAAUGAUUCAAAUGCACAAAGUUGAUGCUAUUUGGGAAAUACGAAAUUUAGAAUUUCGUAUUACCUUAGGAAAACAAAAUUGUGUAGUUCUUAUAAUAUUUCCAAAACUCAUUGAAAUUUCGUCUAAAUUUUAACGCAAUUGCUGCUUAUUUCACAUUA